AUGAGGACACGGCCGUUGCCUCAGGAGGAGCUGCAAGCCCUGGGGGAGCCUGGGGAGGAGAGAGCCGCCGGGACAAGGGGAGCAGAGUGUUGUGGGAGGGCUGGGGGUGACCAGGAGACCCCACGAAGCACCAUGAACCUGCUCCUGGGCACCAUCCUGCUGCUGCUGGUGCUGCCUGAUGCUGCCAGGGAGCAAGAGAUCUGUGCCGCCCUGGGGCGGCGUGACAGGAACUGCCAGUGUUGCAACAUGACGGUGGAGUUGGAAGAGCGAGGCGAUGGGACCCUCAUCCCCGACUUGCCCCGGCGCUGCCUGGAGCUGGGGCACUCCAGGAGCCCCUCUUGUGCCUGCCUGCGGGGGUGCUGGUUCAGGAUGCUGGAGUUGGCAGGGCCAGCUCUGCGCAACAGGCUGGCCGGGCUGAAGGUGCUGCUCCUGAACAUCAGCAGGGCUGUCACCCGUGAUGUCCUCAUCACCUUUUCCCCCACAGAGGGCCCUAGGAUGCCAAAUAUGACAGAGAAGGGGAAGGCAGGCAAAAUCCAGCUCCCCAGAGAGAUGUUCCAGUCCCUGAGCAGCCGGACAGUGCGCGUGGUGGUGACGGUCCUCAACAUCCAGCAGCUUCACAUGUUCAAGGAGGUCAACCAGACGGGGCGGGUCCUGGACAACACUGUGGUGGGCAUCACAGUGGGAGAGACGAGCAUCUCUGGGCUGCGGGACCCUGUGCAGCUCACCUUCGCCCAUGGGCAGCUUCCCCCCGGUGUCACGCGGCAAUGUGUCUUCUGGGAUCUCAGCAAAGGGCAGGCAGGAGGCUGGAGCAUCAGCGGAUGUGUCACGCAGCCUGGGGACAAGGGGACAGUCUGCUCCUGCAACCAUCUCACCUUCUUCACCCUCCUCCUGAAUCCAGUUCUGGACAGGUCCACGGCACAAGCCUUGAUGGCUGUGGCCACUGCUGGCUGUGGGGUGGCCAUGGCUUUCUCCAUCUUCACCAUCGCCUUCUGCAUCUUGUUAAGGUGCAGGUUCAGGCUCGAGGAGACCCUCCGCAUCAACCUGGGGCUGCAUGUGAACCUCGGGGGCAGCCUACUCUUCCUCAACCUGGCCUUCCUGCUCAACAGCGGGCUCUGCAAUGGGACCCAGCCAUGGACCUGCAAGGUCCUGGGGGGGCUUACCCACUACUGCCUGCUCUGCUGCUUCACCUGGACAGCACUGGAGGGCUUUCACUUCUAUCUCCUCUUCGUCAAGGUCCUCGGCACCUACAUCCACCACUACCUGGCGAAGCUGUGCCUGGUCGGCUGGGGCUUCCCUGCUCUCAUCGUGGUGGUGGCAGGAGCCAUCGGCAGCUACGGAGAAUACCGCAUCCAGACCGUGGACCACCAGGUCAUAGCUCGCCUGUGCUGGAUCACUUCCAAACAUCUCCUCGUGCACUACAUCACCAACUGUGGCUACUUUGGUCUCAUCUUCCUCUUCAACAUGGCUGUCUUCGGGGUGGUGACCCAGAAGAGCUGCUGCCUGCAGGCCACGGGGGCUGUGCAGGGGGACCGUAAGGCCUGGAAGGUGGCCCUGGUGGCAGCAGGGCUCUUCUGCCUGCUGGGAGCCACCUGGGCCCUGAUGUUCCUCACCUAUGGCACCUCCUCUGCGCCUGUGCUCUACAUCUUCACCAUCCUCAACUCUCUCCAAGGAAUCUUCAUAUUCAUCUGGCUGGUUGUCCUCUACUACCCAAAGACAAAGGAGACCACUGGUUCCCUCUCCCACAUCAUCAGACAUGACAAAACCGCAACAGUCUCCCAGGACUAGCUGCUGGUGGACUUCCCUCCCUGCCUGUGCGUGCACCUGCUGAGAGCAAGCUUCAAUCCCAAUGGAUGCAGCUUUUCCGUGGAGGACAAGGGCUCGAUUUACCCUUCAGCAGGCAUGAUCCACCUUAGCCAGGCUCUUCGGUUUGGCUUUAGUUCCCUGUGGCCUACCUUGGGCAAGGAGCUCUGGAGGCAUCCCUUCUGCCUAAGUAGCUCCAGGCUGCGGCUCUCCCAUGGUCUCGAAGUGCCCCUGAUCUCAUUCCUGAGGGGACCUCACUGGGAUGAGAAGGGAAGCCCACGACCCACCUGCCUUCAGCCAGGAUGGAGCCAGCCCCCUCUUUGCUAGAGAUGGCCCUUGGUGCCGGACCAGCCCAGCGUAGAUGGACCUGCCGUUGGAGGUGGGAGGAUUGACUCGGGAGA